AUGCCUCGACUAAAACGUGACGAGUCAAUUAGUAGUACUUUAUCUGCAUCACGCCAAGCCGCUGCAUUUUUUGAUCGUUACAGUCGAUAUGAAUGCCAAGAAGUAUUGACUUCAAUGAUAACCGAUAGCUUACUUUCACCAGAAGAUAAUAUGAAUGGAGGAGUUGUUGGAUCCCCAUAUGGGGUGAUUAGCCAUUUAAGUGGAUGUCAAAAAUGCUGUUUAAUUGCAUUGCCGGUCGAAUCUACUUCUAGCCAAUACGACUUACGCGAGUUGCAUCAAAUUAUUCGCGAAUUAGUUACUGGAAUAUUUGUAUUUAACCAAAUUCCUUCUAUCUAUUUAGAAGCCAAUUAUGACCAAAAUACACUAUGUUCAUUACCGCCAGCUUAUUUAGACACACGCGUUGGUCAAGUCUUAAUUAAUAUUGAUUAUGCGCUUAAAUGUUUAUGGCAUGGUACCUAUUUUCCUCGUGAUAAACGCUUAAAAUUUGCUGAAAAAUGGCGACAAGCUUUAAAUAUUAAUGUAGCGUCAGGCAAAUCGGAAGGCCGACGUCAAACUGCUAUGGCAUUUACUGAAUCAGGAGUCGUCGAUUUGUCAAAGGAAGGCGAUUAUGUUGAAGCCAUACGGAUUGAAAAUGAACGGUUAGAACGUUUAGCUGCUAAAGAGACAGAUGAUGACUGUGAUAUUCGCAAGCUUACUAUGCUACAUGUGGAUGAAUUAUUUCUACGCCUUAUAGCCAAGCAACAAACUAUGCAGUGCUACAAUAAUAUGUUGGUAGUGGAUGGUUUGAAUGAUGUUGUCGGUUGUAUUAGACAUAUUGAUCAGAGAAUGACUAAUGAUGAAUACCGUCGCAUUCUACAACGAUUUCGUGAUGAAUGUGCAUUUCUACAAAAUAAUUUAUCGCAACGAUCAGAUUUACGGCAUCAAUUAGCUCUGUUAAAAUUUAUUUCGCUAAUGGUACCGCUAUUAAUUGCAUUGAAAAAGCGUGGACGAAUUCCAGAUGUUAAUCGACUGAUUAAAAAUGCUUAUUUUACGGAACAACUAAAAACGGAACGCGAUUUGCCACCACUAAUUCAAUUAGAAAAUAAUCAUCGUUUUUUUCGAUUUGAUCAAGAUGACUUCUUCCAUUUACAUGGUAGUAUUUUAAUUGAAGUCGAAACACCAACAACGAGUAAGGUUCAGAAUACCGCAUUAAUAACAUCAUUUGAUGAAAUGAUGAGGAAAGCAUUAUCUCACGCUAACGAUGCAUUAGAAUCAGAAUCCUAUAGUGAAAGUUGUUAUAUGCCUGUUCAUGAAAUAGGUGGACAAUCAUACUGUUUUUUAGCUAUAGAACUAGAGCCAUCCCAUUUGAACCAAGUUUCACAACGAGUACCUCCAUGGAUGUCGGCAUUACAAGAUGAAGUUGGUAAAUUACGACCUAGGAGAAUACCAAUGACCGAUCAACAAGUUAGUGAACAGUUAAGGAAGCAAUUUGGUAAUAAAAUUGCGUCCAAGUUGAAGUAUCUACCUUUGGCGUUACGAGCAUGUAGUCAAUACGGAUUUCCAGCUAUUUUCCAAUCGGUAUCACGACGUUGUCCUGCGUCUCAUAUUAUGAAAUUGGACGAUAAUGGGCUUUCACCAAUUCAUCAUGCUGCUAUUCGUGACAAGCCAAAUAUUAUCUCUAUCAUUUUGGCACAUGGCAUUAGCAUUAACUUAAGGCGGAGUUUUAACACGGUGGCAUUUGGAGGAACUCCUUUACAUUUAGCGGCGCGUUGUGGUAGUAUUUUAAGCCUUGAUUGCUUACUAUCUAAACAAGCAGAUCCUUAUCUUACUGAUAGUCGCGGUUGGGCCGCUAUCCAUCAUGCUACAUAUAGUAACCAAGCUGAUAUGACUAAGCAUUUACUGCAUCGUUAUCAAGACCUAUUAAAUAAACGAACAAACUGUGAUCGCAAGUUAACACCCGUUCUAGUAGCAACACUAAGCGGUGCCUUGGAUUCUAUUAUUUGCUUACGUUCUCUAGGUUGUAAUAUGCUAGUCAAGGAUGCCAAUAGGUGUUGUAUCGUCCAUACAGCCAUCAUUUGCCGAAAUCCUAAUGUCCUUGAAUACUUAAUUGAUUAUCCAUAUCAUAACUUACACGUUUGGGAAGUCAUUGUAGAUAUGAUUAAAAGUGAUGAUUUAGAAAAAAUGGAAUCAACAGCGGCAAUGAUGGUCUUUUUGAGUACAUCGCAUCAGGAUAAUUGGCGACAAAUAUUAGAUCAUGGUGGUGUCGAAGCAUUAAAGUUGCGAUUAAGUCAAGAUUUGCGCCCAUUGCGUGCAUUAACAACACUAGUUUUGAAAAAUAUAUCACAGCAUGAUCUAGUUAAACAAGUUAUAUCUGAGAACAAUGGUAUUCCGUUAUUAAUUAAAAUGUUGCGCUUGGCUGAUGAUAUUAUUUUAUCGCGUGUAGCUGUCGUUAUAUGCAAUUUAUCCACUGUUGAUGGUAAUCAGUUUAGUAUUGCUGCAGGUGAUGGUAUUGAACCACUAAUAUCAUUACUAUUGAAGAAUACAAAUCACGAUGUGUUAGUCAAUGUCGUUAAAGCUAUUAGUCUAUUGGUUGAAAAUAAUCUUGAUAAUCAAACUGCAGUAGCUAAUUUUGAAGCAACUGGCCAAUUAGUUAAAUUAUUAUCUACCCAAUUUCCAGUUAAGUUGCGUGCACAAAGUGCAGCUGCAAUAUGUGCUCUAGCAACCAAUCAUCCAAAAAAUCGAGAAUUAUUUGUUAAAGCAGGUGCUAUACCUCCAUUAAUUGAUCUACUACAAAUACGUAGUGUUAACUCACAAAUACAAGCAGCUGCAGCAUUAGAAGCAUUGGCAUCCGAUAAUCCUUAUAAUCAACGAGUUAUGCUACAUAUUAAAGAUGCAGUCAAACCAUUAAUGCGAUUAUUAAAAGUUUGGGAUAUUCAAGUAAAAGAGCAAGCUGCUUCAACGUUGUGGGCAAUUGCUGGUACUUCGAUUCGUCAACGAAAUGCUGUGUGUCAACGUAUUGGUAUUAAUACUUUUGUUGACUUAAUGCUGAUGAAGUCUGAAAAAUUGCAAUUAGUAUCAUGUAUUGCGUUAGAGGCAUUAGCAAGUGGUUCAUUAGAUGAUCAAGCUCGUAUUGCCGAAGCUGGCGGUAUACAGCCGUUAAUUCGAUUAUUAAGAUCGCCUAAAACUUGCGAGCUAGUUCUAUUAACAGCGAUAAGAUUACUUGGUUCGCUUUGUAUUGGUGUCGCUCACACUAAUAAUCGUCCAUUACAAAAUGAAAUUGCUCCAGAAGCUAUACCAUUAUUAGUCGAGUAUAUGAAUGAUGCAUCACAUGAAUUAAUCCAAGUUGAUUCAGCUUGUACGAUAGCUUGUUUAACAUUGAAUAAUUCAACAACACAAAAACUGUUGCAAAACUACGAAAAAUUCAAUUACCAAUUAAUAUUACAACUAUUUGAAUCAGAUAAUGAAGAAGUACGAUUAAAAGCCGGUACUGCAUUAACAACAUUUGCAUUUAAAGAUGCUCGACAAAAGAAUGCAAUCGUUAAAGCAGGUGGUAUACAAUUGUCUCUUAUAAUACAAUUUUUAGAGUCAAGCGAUGAACUAUUUCGUGUUAAUGCUGCUUUUCAAAUGAUUGUAUUAGCGCCCGUUAUUAAUAAUUGUGACCAGGUUGAAUUAACUGCAAUUGCCAUCGAGCAGUUAAUUAAAUUAUUAGAGUCUAGUGAAGAGACUACACAAAUUUUAGUAGCGCGUGCUAUUGCUAGCUUAGCCCAUACAAGACCUGGUAUAGCAGCUGCAUUUAUGACUUGUGGCGCUGUUAUUGUUUUAAUUAAUAAGCUUGAAAAGUCUAAAGAAGAAUUUGUACGUAUUACAUCGGCAAUCGCUUUGGGCUAUCUAUCAUUUGAUAGAGCAUCGGCACGUUUGCUAUUAACGGCUUGUCGUAAUUCUCCUGGUUUAUAUGAAUCAUUUCGAGGAUAUCUUGGUGACAACAAAAUAUCUAAAAAUUUUGUCGAUAGUUGGAAGCUAGCGGAAUCUGUUGGAUUACCAUCCAGCAGCUUGACUAAGAAUGGAGGUCCCCCAAUUUUGACCACGACCAAAAUGAGACAUGGUUAG